AACCGGAGGCGAAUCUCCAGAGGAUGUCAGGUUCACACCACAUCAACGUUACCUCAAGACAGUAAUUGAAGGCUGUGAACAGAUGGAUGUAGAAAUUCCUCGAUUGAUAGGAAAACUGGAGGGAAUGGCGAAUGGCGAUCUGCCUGUCAACGAAUCAGAACUUCAAAACGAGUUGUACAAGUACAAUGAGAAAUUUUACAAGCAUACAGUUGCUGAACUGGCUGAAGAUGCCAUCAGUGUGGUUGCACAAGAUGGAUGUGCGAGCACACCCCCUGUCCCCAUGUACAUUGGUUUUUCAACCAAAAGUUUAAGUGCCAAAAGUUUAAGUGCGUGGGGAGAAGAAGCUUUUCAACGCAGAGGAAGGAACACGGGACAAAGAGAAUGAGUGCAGGUCCCAACCUCGAUCUCGGAAACGUAUACAUACUCAAUCUUUGGAUACACGAGGAGGAUUCACAGGACAAAUGCCUAGAUUUCAGGGUUUACGAACUUUGUCUGGUUGUAAGUCUACGGAAGAAGAGAUAGAAAGGACAAAAUGUCAAAAAUUAAGACGUGUACAAAGCGAACAAGUAUAGAGAAUGACAAUUUGUAUGUAUCUCUAAAUACAAAAUGUUUGUUUUGCAUUGUACAGAUUUUCAUUCUUGAGAUAUUCAUCCUCGAAACAGUUUGUCGCGGGAUCGCCAUUGCGAUUCCCAAC